AUGCUUAGACGGCAGAAGCUUAUCAGAACCAUACGCUUCAAGGAGCACAUAGACCUGGCAGAACUUGCAAGAGUCGCAGCCUCCGACCCCCAUGCGAACGACCCGGGUACCUCGAAGUCGACUUUCGCCGUCGUCGUGAAACUGCCAUGCCUUGCGGUCAAAUAUCCAACUGGGAAUGGACAUAUACGUCGAUUUCAAAUCAAGUUCGGUCAGGACCGUGAUUACUAUGCAGCGUUGGCCAUCCUAAGCGACAUCAAAUGCCCUUUCUCUGAGCCCAGUAUCGGCCCGAUGCCACUAACUCGAAGGCCAUCUACUACACAGUGGCAGAUGGGAUCCUCUUCCAUUAAGGCCAGCACGGUCGGAGAGACGCCAGCGGCGGAUCGAUAUAUGUCCCAUGGUGCCCUCGUUCAACCCCACGGUAUAACAGCAAGUGCAUCUGCAGCGCCAUCCAGUGUUACAGCCGCUCAAGCAUCCCUACCGUCCUCUUCAAGCACCAUGCACAACGUCCCUCCGGAUUUCUGGACUAACGGCACCAACCAGGGAGGCAUGCGAGAUGACAUGGCAUCGGGACAGACUUUACCAAUGCCGCCUAAUUCAAAUGCACCGGUCCGGAGACCCUCAACAGCUACUACCUGCUACGAUACGAAUUCCUUAGAAGCUAUACUACCUCCGAAACGCAAGCUUCCGUUCCUCCAACCCGCGCCGCCACGGGCUCCAACCGUACCAGAGUCAUCUACCAUGCGCUCACAAAUACCGCCUGUUGAAAGUAUGAUCGAGAAUGCAGAAUCAACCCAGAGCGGCGUCUGUAACCUGGUGCUGACCACCAGUCUCGAAUUAGGCUCUAACCCACGAGAAGGUGCGAACUGCAGACCCGCAACAUCGGCAGGUCAUAUAUUUCGCAAACCAGACCAAACCGGUAGGUCUACAGAUGUAAAUGCAAGGGCUAUCGCACCUGCACCCAAGCGCACCAAGAUCUCGCCACCUGAGAACCCCUCGACAUUACCUAAACCUACAAGUAUUCCCAUCUCACUACCAACCGAGCCAUCCCCGGUACCAUCCUGCCUUCCACCAAACCAGCAGCAUCAUGAACCCGGCAAUUCUGCACAAAGCACAUCUGCUCCAAACAUAUCCUUCCCCGAAGAAGACGCCGAGAGACAAGACCUAGCUCCGGCUCUGGCGAACCUCUCAUCAUACUUAUCAGCACCCACGGCGGAGCGGACCAAAAGUCUAGAGAAUUGGAUCUGCCAACAUAUCGAAGACGACGGAUUUAUUCAGCUCUGUCAGGAUGUAGAGAGCAUAUGGAGACGUAUUGCCGUGGGAAAAUAA